CAGCUGAUCCUGGCCAGCUGAAUCCAUCCCCCACUUCGUGAUUAUUGCCAAUCCCUCCGUCUUAAUUCGUCGUCGAUCAUCACUCUGCAGAUGCUGCCCCUCGACUAUCACUUCCAGCUGGGUUACAUGUCAGCCUGCCCAAUAUCUUGGGCGGGGCAUGAUCCAGCCUGCACUUAACUUGCGGGUACUCCUUGACAGCCUCCUCCAGACGCCUGCGUGCUAUGGUAUGGAAGUGGAUAUCGUGGGUUGUUCCAGAACAAAGGACACAUGGAAUCCUUCAAAUCUUCUAGCUUCACCACACACCCAAACCCCCAUGUAGCAUCUGCAAACCGACGACCAUGGUGGGAGGUGACCCAUGGCAUGGUAAUCGCUUUGAUAACUCUGGCAGGACUCGCAUGGUGGGCAUUGCCUUUCCAUGUUGGGGCGACCAGUGAGGGUAUCGUUCUCUCGAAGGGGGAAUUUAGUUGGGAUCAGAUUACCCCUUCCCAGUCACUCGCGUACCACGACUGCUUCGAUGGGUUCCAAUGCGCCCGUCUCGAAGUCCCAAUGGACUACAACCGAUCCGAUGGUCAAGGACGACGCUUUGCGAUCGCCAUCACUCGGCUUCCAGCGAAGGUUCCGGUGACAGAUCCACGGUACGGUGGCGCAAUCUUGAUCAAUCCAGGUGGCCCCGGUGGCUCGGGUGUAGCCCAGGUUAUAAAUGGUGGCAGAACUCUGCAAAUUACUGUGGAUGCGGAAACCGACCCGAAUGUCGAGGAUGCAGAAAAGCUUUCGCGGGACAAGUACUUCGAUAUCAUCGGAUUCGAUCCCCGUGGCGUCAAUAACACGACUCCAGGGUUCAGCUGUUUCCCGAAUCUGUUUUCCCAGCGAAACUGGGAGCUGCAGGUGGCGGCAGAAGGCAUGUUGGGAAGCUCGGAAGUUGCGUUUUGGCGGACCUGGGAUCGUGCGAUCGCCCUCAAUACAGGAUGCUCCGCCAGCUUGACCACGCCGCCGAGGGAUGGAGACGAAGCCUUGGGCGAGCAUCUCAAUACGCCCCCUGUCGCUAGAGAUAUGCUGGAGAUUGUCGAGCGACAUGGCGAAUGGCGUGAGAGACAAGGUCUAGCGAGACAGCAUCAACACGACCGUCUUCAUGGCUACGAUCGGGGACAGAGUUUAGUGGCGCGGACGAGAUGGAACCGGGGACAGGAAAAGCUUCUGUAUUGGGGCCGGUCGUACGGGACCAUCCUAGGUUCCACGUUUGCAACUCUGUUCCCCGAUCGCAUUCAUCGGGUUAUCCUGGAUGCUGUGGUUGAUGCUGACAAGUACUAUUUGGGCGACGGGCCCAACCCUGUCGAGGAUGCUGAUGCCAUUUUCGAUCGGUUUACGCAAUACUGUAGCACGGUCGGGCCGGACGACUGUCCCUUCUGGGUCCAGGGUGGCCCAGCCGCCAUUAAGGAGGCCUACCUGGCCCUGGAAGACACUCUUUACAACCGAUCCCUGCCAGUUCGCUCAUCGGCCACACGGGGCCCGGAAGUCGUGACCUGGAGUGAUUUGAAGAUCAUCCUGCGGAUUGCCAUGUACCAGCCGCUUCAAGGAUUUCCUCUGCUAGCAAAGUUUGCGAGCGAGCUGGCCAAGGGUAAUGGCUCUGCCCUGGCCGACCUGAAACAUGGCGGUCGCUCACCGUCGUGCCCUUCGAGCCGGUGUCUUCAAGCCGGACCAUGGUCCGCUGAAUGUCAGGUUACGGGGCACAACGAAGCAUAUUCGAGCGCGGCUAUCCUCUGUGCAGAUGCGGAGUAUUUGCAAAGUACCGGGGAAGAGGAGUUCCGAAGUAACUGGGAGACUUUGCGAGAGGAUAGUUCCAUGGUCGGUGACUACUGGGCUGGGCUUCUGAUGAGCUGCGUGGGGUGGGAUCUGAAGCCUAAGUGGAAGCUCACAGGUAUGAUCCAUCAUCAAUUUGUCUUUCUUGUCGCUGAGCUCUUAGGAACCUUUGCGGCCAACACGUCUCAUCCACUGCUAUUCGUAAGCAAUACGCUCGAUCCGGUGACUCCGCUGCGGAGUGCCCGCAAAAUGACCCGAAAGUUUCCUGGUUCGGUGCUCUUGCAGCAGGACUCUGAAGGCCAUUCGACCCUUGCCGCGCCGUCGGUGUGUGUACAUAUAGAGAUCCGCAAAUACUUUCAGACGGGCGAGUUGCCGCCUCCAGAGACGGUCUGCAAGGCCGACCUCAAGCCUUUGUUGGGCGCAUCGCCGAUGAUUCAGGAGAGAAGCGCAGGAGAGCAGAAACUGUAUGACGCGCUGAUGGAGGAAGCGCAACGAAUGCCGAUAGCGCGAUUACCGCUGUAGAAUCUCGAUGUUGUUUGUCUCCUGUGUUGGGAAUGGCUCAAUGAGAACAGACUUGACUAGACUUAGAACCACCUACGCGCGGUCAAUCAAUGGUUUGAUCAAAGAACAUUGGACAUCUGCACCUGCUGAAGUGGGGUUGAAGCCAACCACUGAUUGUCGGCCACAAAUCCGAGGGCGAUAAGCCGCG